CAAGUAUGUACAAAAUAACCUGCUACAAUCUCUCUGCACGUCGGACGGGAAGCCUAAUGAAACCAAUCUAAGAGAGUAAGAUUUCCCAUGUAUAUAAUCAGAUUUUGUAGCAUAUAUAUAUGAAUUUUAGGAGCAUGUUGCAGUCCUAAUGUUACUUUUGUUCUCAAUACGUUUGUAGGCUAUUUCACAAGAUUAAUCAGAACGACGAUGCACAAAUAUCAGCUGCUGAACUGAGGGCAUUAAUACAUGGGAUACAGAUACAACAGGUUGGCCUGACUGAGGAUGAUUUUGCGUCAAAAAUUAUGGAAGAGUUUGAUAUCUCUGGAGAUUCUAGUAUAAGUGAAACUGAGUUUGUUCAAGGGAUGUCAAAAUGGAUUAGGGAGGCUAAUGUCUCUGGGACUAAUCAAGGAAGUAAAACCAAGAAAAAAUCAUCUAGCACUGGCAGCAAUUCAAAGGGAACAACUGAAGAGCAGCAGAGCCUGGUGGCUAAAGGCCAGGAAAAUAAGAAGACUGAUAAGAAUACUUGGUGGACUUAUGCUAAGGCAGCUCUUCUAAUUCUUUCUGGAACUGCUGUUACUUUUCUGCUUGCAACACCUCUAAUGCAAACUCUCCAAGAUUUCGCAACAGCUAUAAGCAUCCCCUCAUUCUUGGUAUCAUAUUUUGUAGUACCCUUGGCUUUAAGCUUCAAGCAGGCAUAUAGAGCAAUAACUUCUGCCAGAGAAAAGACACAAAAGGCAGUCUCUUUGACAUUUUCAGAGCUCUAUGGUGGAGUGUUCAUGAACAAUGUAAUGGGGUUGGCAACCUUCCUGGCACUUGUUUGCGUAAAAGAUUUGUCAUGGAAUGUAUCAGCUGAAAUCCUUACUGUUCUGAUUAUUUGCAGUGGAAUGGGUCUCUCUGCGACCUUCUCCACCAAAUUUCCAUUCUGGACAAGUAUCGUAGCAUAUGCUCUCUACCCCAUAUCUCUGGCUUUCAUUUAUGUUCUUACCAUUGUUCUUGGAUGGGGCUAA